AUGGCAGCUAAGCGCAAAGUUUCUGCGAUGGGUACGGCCGUCGACGAUGAGCCGGUCGACCCGUCAGAUGAGCUUGCAUUCUACUGCCUGGGAGGAGGAAACGAGGUCGGACGAUCAUGUCAUAUCAUACAGUACAAGGGCAAGACGGUUAUGCUCGACGCAGGAAUGCAUCCGGCCAAAGAAGGCUUCUCCGCGCUUCCAUUUUUUGAUGAGUUCGACUUGAGUACGGUUGACGUUUUGCUGAUUAGCCAUUUUCAUGUCGACCACUCCUCUGCCCUUCCCUAUGUUCUCAGCAAGACUAAUUUUGCCGGUCGUGUCAUGAUGACCCAUGCCACCAAGGCAAUCUACAAAUGGCUCAUUCAGGACAAUGUUCGUGUCAGCAAUACCUCCUCCUCCUCUGAUCAGCGUACCACCCUCUAUACCGAGCAAGACCAUCUGUCAACGCUUCCUUUGAUCGAAACGAUCGACUUCAACACUACCCAUACUAUCAACGGCAUAAAAAUCACCCCUUAUCCAGCCGGCCAUGUAUUAGGCGCCGCAAUGUUUCUGGUGUCGAUUGCUGGAUUGAAUCUCCUAUUCACGGGUGACUAUUCCCGCGAGGAGGACCGGCAUUUGAUACCUGCAGAGGUCCCUCGAGGCAUCAAGAUCGAUGUUCUGAUUACUGAAUCUACAUUCGGUAUAUCCUCAAAUCCGCCCCGUCUGGAACGUGAGGCUGCGCUGAUGAAAUCAAUUACCGGUAUCUUGAACCGCGGAGGUCGUGCUUUGCUGCCUGUAUUCGCCCUCGGACGAGCCCAGGAGCUGCUACUCAUUCUUGAGGAAUACUGGGAGCGGCAUCCGGAGCUGCAGAAAAUUCCCAUCUACUACAUCGGUAAUAUGGCAAGAAGAUGCAUGGUUGUUUAUCAGACCUAUAUUGGAGCAAUGAAUGACAACAUCAAGCGGCUCUUCCGGCAACGCAUGGCGGAAGCCGAAGCUAGCGGUGACAAGAGUGUGAGUGCCGGCCCAUGGGAUUUCCGCUUCAUCAGAAGUCUGCGGAGUCUCGAGCGGUUUGAAGAUAUUUCCCCUUGUGUGCUCCUUUCGUCGCCUGGUAUGUUACAGACGGGCACCAGUCGGGAGCUGCUCGAAAGGUGGGCACCGAGCGAACGUAACGGAGUCGUUAUGACUGGUUACAGUGUCGAAGGAACUAUGGCCAAGCAGCUUCUCAACGAGCCUGACCAGAUCCCCGCAAUCAUGUCCAAAGUUUCUGCAAUCCAAGGCCGUGGCCGUGUUCCUGGAGGCAAUGACGAAGAUCAGAAAGUGAUGAUUCCACGUCGCUGCACUAUCGACGAAAUCAGUUUUGCUGCACAUGUCGAUGGUGUCGAAAACCGCAAUUUCAUCGAAGAAGUCGCUGCACCAGUCGUGAUCCUUGUGCAUGGCGAGAAACAUCAGAUGAUGCGUCUCAAAUCAAAGCUUCUGAGUCUUAAUGCAGACAAAACUAUCAAGGUCAAGGUGUACACUCCUGCAAAUUGCGACGAAGUCCGCAUCCCAUUUAGAAAAGACAAGUUUGCCAAGGUCGUUGGUAAGCUCGCACAGAUCGCGCCGCCUGAGGAUGAGGAUGACAGCCAGUUGAUGGCUGGGGUUCUCGUUCAAAACGGCUUUGACCUGGCUUUGAUGGCCCCAGAUGACCUUCGUGAAUACGCCGGUUUGACAACAACCACUAUCACUUGCAAGCAACACCUGACCCUUAGUUCUGCGAGUAUGGACUUGAUUCGAUGGGCUCUCGAAGGUACUUUUGGAGCCAUUGAAGAAGUGGGAACAAACCCAAGGACCGAAACGAAGACAGAAAUCAACGGGGAUGCGGAUGAAUCAAGUGCAAAGCAGGAGGUGGCCGAUGAAGAAAUCUCCAUGGAAGAGACACAAACGUUCCUUGUCAUGGGAUGUGUUAUACUGCGUUAUCACUCGCGGACCCGGGAGGUUGAACUCGAGUGGGAGGGCAACAUGAUGAACGACGGAGUUGCUGAUGCUGUCAUGGCCGUCCUUCUCACGGUCGAGAGCAGCCCAGCCUCCGUGAAGCAAUCCGCGAAAAACAAGCACCAUCACCAUCACCACCACCACCAUGACGAUGACUUUGCUGCUCUUCCCAACCCCCACUCUCAGCUGGGGGCUGAAGAUCGACUGGCCCGUCUCCUCAUGAUGCUGGAGGCGCAGUUCGGCACCAACAUUGCCCCCAUCGACCGCCCUCGCGUUCCAUCUGAUCUCGUCAAUGGCACUUCCGAGGGAACCGACGGUGUUAAAACCGAGGUGAACGAGGAACGGCUUGCUGACAUCGAGUCGGCUGAGCUCGAUCGUCUCCAGGCCCUGGGAAUUCCGGUCCCUGGUCUCGAAAUCACGGUCGACAAGCAUGUCGCCCGAGUUUGGCUGGAGAGCCUGGAGGUGGAAUGCACCAACCCUGUUCUUCGUGAUCGCGUUCGUGUGGUUGUUGAAAGAGCGGUCGAGACCGUUGCUGGCCUGUGGGCGGCAUCUUCCAUGCCGAAAGAGAUCGUGUCGAACGGGACUGCGAAGGGACAGAUGGAAAUUGAUGCGGCUGCGCCAAAAUUGGCCGCCAUCGAAGCUCAGAGCUGA